AUGCAGAUCGCGUCGGAAAAGCUCAUGCGCGUCUUACGUAAUUUCAAUAUUACUAAAAUCAGCGAUUUAGAAUUGAUCUCGAAUAGUACAGACCGUUUGGACAUCACAUUUCAUUUCUUUGGCAUAAAAGGUGACUCGAAUCGCAUACGCGAGGCCAUCACCCGCAUGGUGGAACGCGGGCGCAUUGGGAAUAUUACGCUGGUCUCCAAUUAUCAUCUAUUCGACGAAAACCCACCGUUGAAUUUAUUGGAACUGACAAUUAAUCAAAAAUCAGCGAUACGUGAAGACAGUGAAUUUAUAAUAUCAUGCACCGCCCAAGGAUCUUCGCGUAUGCAAUUUCAGUGGUACAAGGAUGGUGCACGUGUCAAUACAUCCAAGGCUACGAGAGAAAUCUGGACCACCGUUUUACCGCCGGAAACAAAAGAUACUUUCACUGCCAUUUUGGGCAUCACAAAGGCCAGUCGCAUGGACGAAGGCAUUUACACGUGCAAGGUCACCGACUGGGGUGUCGAGCAAUGCCGGUCGCUGCAUGUACACAUCAAAUCACCGCCACGCCUGCGCGUUGAUCCGGCCAGUGUGACACUGCAACGCGGUGAUUCACUGCGCGUGCGUUGCCUGUCACCCGGCAACGAUGACAUCAAACGCUACGCUCAACUCGGCUACAGUUGGACACGCAACGGCGUACUCUUUCAAUCGAAUCCCGCCACGGUGAUGUGGGAAGACCUUUAUCCAGAUGGCAGCAUACUGAAAAUUAACAACAUACAAAAAUCCGCCGAGUACACUUGCAUUGUCUCGAAUACGGUGCGUCCCGUAUCAAAGAGUGUCUACAUAACUGUUAUCGACCGCAAUGCGGUGCAUGUUUGUCACAGCGAUACGCUCUACGGUGUCCGUUGGCCGACAAGCGCACCAGGCGCUGCCAUUGUGGCCGAUUGUCCGCGCAGUUUCGAAGGUCACUCGCGACGUAUCUGCGAAAACCGUGACACAGGCAACUCGACAUGGUUGUUACCCGAUUUUUCGCUUUGCGUACACGAUCAACUUUUGGAGAUUUACAAUAAAUUCCGUGCAUUAAGCGCCGGCUACCAACAGACCAACUCAUCAGCCAUACUGAAGGCAUGCUUUGCAUAUACAGUUAAGCGGCAGAAGCGCUUUUUGCCUGGUGAGGCGGGAUUUCUCAUCGAUAUGCUGCACGAGGUCGAUACUUAUCUGCAGCUAAAAGGCACACAAUUGGAACGUGAGAUGGCAGCUGAAAUCAUUUUGCACAUUCUCGAUAAAGUUAUGCAAAAUACGCAAUCGCUGAAUAGUCAACAGCAAAUUAAAAAAUUGCAACUCUUAACACAAUCAGCAGCGUUGAACCGUGAAACAAUUGCAGCAUCUCAAUUAGCAACAUCAACAUCAUCCACGUCAGCAGCAGCAGCAGCUGCAGCUGCGGCAGCGGCCGCAGCGGUUUCAGCAUCUGCCUCCGCAACAGGCAAUAGCGCCACGUCAUCCUCUUCCUCUGCCUCUGCUCCAGCAGCCACAACACAAACAGACACUACUUUGAGUUCGGUAAUAGCUGGUAAUGCCAUGUCACCAGCACGCUCUACUUCAGCCAAUUCUGCGUUAGCAACUUUGUUGCGUGGCGAUGCCGGUAGCGGCGGUGGUAGUGGCAGUGGCGUGGGAAAUAGCGGCAGCAGUAUUCUAACUGUGGAUGAGGACUCAUUGUCAUUGGAUCGUCUAAAUUCGCUACGCAUCUAUAUGACUUCGGUGAAAACGUUGCCAUUUAAUUUAAGGAUCUACGGCGAUGAUUUGUUCGCCGAUCAACUUUAUAUGGACAUUGGACUCUCCAACCGUUUACUCAAUAUAAUGGCGAACUCGACUAUAUUCGCAUCGGUUAUCUCGUAUAAAAAUUUAAAAAGCUUUCUACCAAAAACUUAUUACACGCGCGGCAGCGACACCAAAGAGUCUGAUUACAUUCUGGCCUCACGUAUUUUGCAAACGUGGCUCUUCCAGUCGAAUCGCUCAAACGAUAAUCUACGUGAACCACUCGACUUACCCUUCGAAGCGGGGCAUGUGGAGAUCAUAUUUCAGCAUGAGGUAGCACCAAAGGAUGGCGAUUGGAUUGCGGUGUGCGGCCAUGACUACAAAGCUUCCUUUGAGUCCACUUGGCGCUCAGAUUUAUGCAUCACCAAGCAUCUGAUGGCGAACAUAACCCGUUGCAUAUGUCCAUUGUCUGGCACAUACGUUGUCAUGCUGACCAAACGCAAUAACAAUCCGCAACCUGUCUCGCCCACUCAACGUCCGCUCUUCGUGAUCAUCAGUUGUGUUUGCGGCCUACUCCAGUCCUGUUCGACUUUUCUCAUACUUCUUCCCAUUUGGUUUAACCGCAAAUGUGCGAUUACCUUUUUAAAAAUGCAAUUUUGCGUCUCCACAUCGAGUAUUAUGAUAAUAUUUCUGCUGGGGUUCCUGAAAAUGUUACCAGUGAAUUGGCACGCAAUUGUCAACUCAUCGCUUGCCUCACUGCUCUUGCUCGGCGUCUCGACCACAAUUGCGAUUGCGUUGGUUGUAAAUUCCGAGUUGGUGCCGAAAAAGAUGUUGCACAUCAACAAAAUGUCAACAACAGCAGCGACAAGUGCACGCGCAACGGCAAUAAAAAACGAGCAACAACAACGCCGCGAGAUGAAUAAACAUCGUAACUCCACAAGUGGCAAUGACAAUAGCAAUGCCGCGACCGGCACAACCGCCACCUCCGCAACAACCAUCGAUGCGAGCAGUUUGAGUGUCACCACAAGCAUUACACAAAUCAGCAGCAACAACAGCGGUGGUGGUGGUGGUGGCGGAGGCGUAGGCGUAGGCGGCGGCAAUAUUGGCAGCAAUGACAAUAGCAUUGCAAGCGACUGCAGCGCCACCAACAAUAGACGCUUUGGUGGCGGUGUGCCGGGUGCUACAGCAGCACGUUCCGUGGCUCUGGUACAAGAGCUCUACUUUCCGGUAAGUCUGCGCGCCGUUAUCGGCAUAAGUUGGUUGCCGCCACUGCUCUACGCCAUCGCUGUACCGCUCAUAUGCAGCAUUAUUGGCAAAUGGCCGCGCAAUUGGUGGCUGGAAGUGAUGAGCAAUACAACAGCGAGCACAACAACAUCACCAACAACACACUUCAUGUCCGACGCUGUGUUGGGUAUGCCACAUGGCUUGUCCACACUUGGUAGCGGAUACAGUAACGGAAAUGAUUACUUAGUGGCGCAUCUGGCGGCGCACUCCCCGCCAGCCUCAUCCGCGUUAAGUUUGAGGGUUGAGACGAAUAACAGUAACACAAGCAAUGCACUAGCGAGCACAACAACGCCGGGUAACAUAUUGCGCGCUGAAGCCGUAACAACUUUAGAUGCCACUGCCACUGCGGAAGCAACAGCAGCAGCAGCAGCCGUUGCCAGCGGAAUAUUAACAACUGCAAACUCUGCAGCUGCCACCACCGAUUCUCAUCAUUACUCUUCAACAUCAUCGUCUUCCGACAUCCACUCCACAUCCACUGCCACUUCAACAACCUUUUCUGUUGCCGGCUGGCAUAAUAACUUCCAACCGGCAACCACCACCGCCGCCGCUACCGCUGCUGCCUACCGUAGUGACUUUGAUGCGCAUAUGGACGCAGUUGACCUGGAGUCAAAUCUCACAGGCAACGGUAGCGGGCCAUCACUCAGUUUCAUUAUAUUUAUUUGCGUCGAUUUACUCUUCGUUUUGCUCUUUUGUGCGCUAUUCUUCAUUUUAAUCAAGAAACUUUUAUGGCUGUGGCAUAAAAAUCGAAAUAUUCACGCGCAUCCGCAGGAUAAAUUCAAUGUGGCGAUGCGUAGACGUAUUGGCCUAAUUUACCGCACCGGUUGCUUGUUGGUAAUGAAAUUAUCAACGGAUGCAUUAUUCAUUGCAUAUGUAAAUUCAACACAAAAUUCAUGGUGGUCCUAUCCGUUUGGCAUAUCUUGCGUUUUAUUGGGAUUUACUAUCCUUUAUUGCUUUGUUAUAAAAGCGGAGAGCAGUUUGCGUGCCCCACCCAGCAGCAACAACAGCAGCAGUGGGACGCUUAAGAAGAAACUCAGCUCGAGUAAAACUAGCUUGGAUGAAAACUACUGCACGGGGUCCAUAAACAGUCCGCUUAGCUUUUACUCCAGCCAUGAAAAGGAGAAGGAAAACGAAAGCGGUGCGCCCUUAACAACGCUAUUGGCGGCGCCACCACCACAACCGUUGGAAAUCUCCAAUGGUGUACAACUGCCACUCACAAUUAUACCCACCGCACAACAGCGCUGCCCACUGCUGCCCACAUCAGCGUCGACGGUGGGCAGUGGCGUUAAAACGUUCCUGAAUGCAGCGAGUCUGGAUCGCAAACUGUCGCCGCAUGUCAGUUGUCUGCAAGAGACAACUGCCGCGGCGAUGACCUCACCCGCAACAAGGUGCUGUAACAUUUUAGGUAGUGGCAGUGGCAGCGGGAAUGCCAACAGUGCUGCUGCCACCAUAACUUCAACGGGUGUGGUAGGCGGUGGAGUUGUAGUGACGAGUGGCGGCAUGGGUUACUAUGAUGCCUAUGGCGCUGGUAUGGCACUCGGCAGCAUGACGGGCAGUUUGAAUAGGCGACAGCUACAUGGCUCAGCCGCAACGACCGAAUUUGUCGGUUUGGAAACUUUGGAUAUACUGCAGGGUGUGGCACCACCAGAUACCAUUAUUGGCAUUUGCAGUAGCACUCUCCCGGCAGGCAUGUCAUAUCAUCAACUCCAGCAUCAUACCUUACCGCGACAUCACUCAGCAGCACUGCAGCAACAGCAUCCACUAAGUGUAGCUGGCCAGCAACAUGUUGCGCAACAUCACAACGCCUAUAUGGACGCAACCAUGUUGCCAACCACGAUUGUUUCCAUUAGCAGCGGCUUACCGCUACCAACUACAACGAAUUAUGCCAAAAGCUGUGGAGGAGACACGGCAACACCAACGCCACCGUUCCCACAAGCGCCACCGACCACACUCACCAGCAUCAUCAGUACCACAACGGCAACAACGCAAACACCAAAGGCACAAAAGCGUGUUACCAUAAUGGAACCGACCACACACACCUUUGAUCCGCUGUUGCCCACAAUGGUUGCCGUUUCCGGUGUAUCAGCUACAACAGCGCAUCAUCGACUUGCAACGGCCACGCCAACGCCUAUAAUCACCAUUUCCAGCAAUACAACAUCGACUACCAAUAGUGCAGGUGCAAGUGGUGUUGCAAGCAACAUUACGGCGAACGAACCAGCAAAGGUUGUCAGCGAAAAUUCAACUGCGGGAGACAACUCAUCACCCGAAGAUGAAAAUUCGAUAACUGGUAUGUUGGAUCGUAUAACGCAUGAUCUCGAUUAUUUGUUGAAUCGCACCAAUGAGUUGCCGCCGUCAGAGUCACCGAGUGAUGCUGAAGUGGCGGCACCGCUGACAACGGUGACGACUGUACUGACGACGCCGACGACUACUGCAGCAGUCAGCCAGGAUACUGUGGAAAAGUUGUAA